AAUCGAGGACGCGCAGGGUCGCGCGGAGCCGUUGAGGACGCGCUUGUGCGGUCGCGCGCUCAGGAGCCAAGACUGAGUGGAGACUGAAGACCAACGAGCGGGAGCACGUCCAGCAUGAAGAGGCAGGGAGUCUCCACAGAGCGGAAACGAGCGCGGAUACCGUCAGGGAAGGCUGGAGCAGCAAAUGGAUUUCUCAUGGAAGUUUGUGUAGAUUCAGUGGAGUCAGCUGUGAAUGCAGAAAGAGGAGGUGCUGGUCGGAUUGAAUUAUGUUCUGGUUUAUUGGAGGGAGGAACCACACCCAGCAUGGGUGUCCUUCAAGUAGUGAAGCAGAGUGUCCAGAUCCCAGUUUUUGUGAUGAUUCGGCCACGUGGAGGUGAUUUUUUAUAUUCAGAUCGUGAAAUUGAGGUAAUGAAAGCUGACAUUCGUCUUGCCAAGCUUUAUGGUGCUGAUGGUUUGGUGUUUGGAGCAUUGACUGAAGAUGGACACAUUGACAAAGAGCUCUGCAUGUCCCUUGUGGCUAUUUGCCGUCCUCUGCCAGUCACUUUUCACCGAGCCUUUGACAUGGUUCAUGAUCCAGUGGCUGCUCUAGAGACACUCUUAACUUUGGGAUUUGAACGAGUAUUGACCAGUGGAUGUGACAGUUCAGCACUAGAAGGGCUACCCCUAAUAAAACGACUCAUAGAUCAGGCAAAUGGCAGGAUUGUAGUAAUGCCAGCGGGUGGCAUAACAGAAAGAAAUCUGCAAAGGAUCCUUGAGGGUUCAGGUGCCACAGAAUUCCAUUGUUCUGCUCGGUCUGCCAGAGACUCAGGAAUGAAGUUUCGAAAUUCCUCUGUUGCCAUGGGAGCUUCACUUUCUAACUCAGAAUAUUCUCUAAAGGUAACAGAUGUGACCAAAGUGAGGACUUUGAAUGCUAUUGCAAAGAAUAUCCUGGUUUAGCCAGACCUCUUUAAGAGACAUGGAUCUCACAGGAUGAAGAUAGAAGUAUAGUCUCCAAUUUUCUAUGAUACAACUUUAACCUUUUUCUCUGGUCAGAACAGUCACAGUCUUUCUUGGCCAUGGAGAACAUUUACAAAGGAGAAAAAUAACUUGAAACAGAGCUCUUGUCACUUCUUUUGCUUACUCUUGCCAGCCAUCUCCAUCAUCAUGGUUGAAUUGGGUCUAUACUUCUUCCACAGAGGCUUGGUCUGUUGGCAGUGGAAUUAACUGAUGAACUGGGAAAAUUCAUCACAAAGUAUGAAUUCAGAGUGUGACUUCAGGGUCAAUUAAAUAACAGUGUUUUGCUUUAUCAUUUGUAAAACAAAAUUUUCUAUUCUAUUAUGAUAUAGUUUGUUAAUUUUACCCAGAAUACAGUUUGUAGCCAAGUAUGAAAGGGAAGACUUUGUUUUCUUUUGUUUUGGUUUUUUUCUUCAUUUUCUUUUUUUAUUAUACUUUGUCCUGGGCAAGAUGCUAAGGGUACAGAGUAAAAUGGUACAGCAUAAAAAUUCCCAAAUUUGGGAAGCAAGGCAUAAAAGUUCCCAGACUUAUAAAGGCAGAAAUGAUUUCCUGAGUUUAUCAGGUUACUUCUGCCUCUGUUCCAAGAAAGAGAAAUGGCUUAAUCAUAGGUCCAUAUGACAGUAUACAAGGGCCUAUAUAGCAAGAACUGGGGCAAUUAGGGAGGUUAUCAAAGUAGCCAUUUCUUCUUUUUAACUGAGGCUGUAGAUAGGAUAGAUUCUAGAAAUGGAAAAUGCUUUUCCUUUGGGUAGAUCCCAAUGGUGAAGUUCAUCACUGGCUUUAUCUGUCAUGGUCAUAUUUACAAUCCCAUUUUAUGCUAACAACACACUGGUAAUAGAACCGCUGUUUCUAUUUUAAGAGAGUAACUGAAGCACAAUAUAAAGAGCUUGCCCUUGGCCAGGAAUCUAGUUAAUUAAGCAUCUAUGAAUUGCAUGCACAGAUUUCUGGCUAAUGAAUGUAAGUACCAAAAGCCUUGCAUUUAUUUAAAUGUGGCCCUUCCUUCACCUUUUUUUUUUUGUUUCCUCACUUUUUCAGGUAGAGUUUCAAAGUAGAAUAUUUGCUAAGUAAUUUCUGAAAAUAUGAGAGGCAAACUAUUUAAAAUCCAGUGAUAAUCUCAGUGGUUUCUUUUCUAACUUGUUCAUGCUAUUACUAAAGAUAAUAAAUAUUUCUAAAAGCAGUUUUCAUUAUUGACUUUAUAAUCCAGACACAGAUGCGUAAGCACACAUGCACACACAUAAACACACAUACAAAAUCAUGUUUAGUAUUUUGACCUAAUCCUACCCCAUGCCUGGACUUCACUGACAGAUUUUCCAGAGACAACUAAGAGCAGGCCACGUUAUCACAAUAUUUUAUUUGUACAAAUUAGCUAGGGAUCUGAGAGGUAGUGUGGAUUGCUCAACCUUUUACAAAAAAUUAGUGUUUCUACAAUUUGAACACUAGAUUCCUAAUCUCCAAGUCUCCUGCUUUAGUUUAUUUCUGAAAUGUAGAUGUGGUAUAGAGAGCAAUUCUCCUGGGAAAAUGAGAUGCACCUGGAAUCAUAUCCUGCCUCCCAACUUUACAAUGAGAAGGCUAAUUUAAUUUCUUAAAGUUUAAUUCCCUCAUUUGUAAAUCAGGAAUAACAACUACACCAUAGAUUCUAGUGAAAAGAUAUAUUAAAGCAUCAAGUACAUAGUAAGUUUUUGUUAAAUUUUAGUUCUUGCUCCUAGGUUAGCCUUGUCAUAUCAGUCUUUAAAAGCCUAAAAGUCCUUCCAAAGAAACCUAGCAAUGAGUAUUGAAGCCAGCACCUUCUUUUUGCCCUCCACUAUGUGAAUAUAAAAGAAGCAUAAGGCGAUCCCUACUCUUGACUUUAUUUUUCUCCUGAAUUAGUGUAGCAUUCCAAUAGCAAUUAUGAUACCUUUUCCACUUUAGUCCCUGUGAUGAUUAGGUUCAUGUGUCAACUUGGCCAGGUGAUAGUACCCAGCUGUCUGGUCAAGCAAGCACUGGCCUAACAAUCGCUGUGAGGAUGUUUGUGGCUGGUUAAUAAACCAACAGCCU